AUGGUGGUCAGAGUCCAGCAUCUCCAGCUGCUCUUCCUCUCCUCCAGUCUAACCGUCUUCUUUCAUUCAUCUGCUCGAUUCCAGCUUGAUGCUUCUCCCGCCCCCAGCCGAGCCCCAGCCCCAGCCCCAUCCCCAUCCCCAUCCCCAGGCCCUGCAGCGGCUGUGCCAACACCAGCUCCAUCCCCAUCCCCGGGGCUAGCACCUGCACCAUCUCCAUCUCCAGGACAGGCGCCAGUGUCGUCACCUUCACCUUCGCCGUCUUCAUCAAUCUCAGUUCCUCCAGCUUCGGCUCCUGCUCCAGCACCAUCACCAUCGGGCAACAUUGAUAGCCCUUACCAAGUGGACUCCCCAACAACGCUCUCUCCCUCAGCAAAUGUCGAUCCAAAAGUGAAGGGCAUAUGUGGUUCCACACAUCAUUCCGCCCUUUGCCUCGCCACGGCGGUUCCCCUCCUCAGGAAUGAUGAGCCACCCACCGUGGCAUCCGUCCUUGAAGUGACCAUCAAGGCUGGUGCUAAACUUGCCAAGCAUGCCCUGUCUGAGGCUAAGAAGGCGACUCAAGAACAGGGGAAAUCUGCUGACCGCCACGCCCUGCUCCGCAGCUGCACAGAUGAUUACGAGGAUGCUGUGAUCAACUACCAGAAUGCAGUCACUGCAUUUCCCAGGAGCGGAAAAGGAACCAUGAACACCAUGCUGAGCAAGGUAAUGACAGCUGUGAGAGACUGUGAGGAUGGAUUCUCAUCCUUUCGUGAAGACUCUCCCCUUUCCGCUGUUGCUUCGAGGUUGACAAACGUUACAAGCAAUUGCCUUUCAAUCAUAUCUCAAUUGGAUUGAGAGUUUAGAUUUCAUAUUUCAGAUUCGAGAUUUGAGAUUUAAGAUUGAACAUUCCGCAUUCUCAACCCAGCUUCAAAUGGAAAGAGAAAUGCUGUCUAUGGUGAUGCCAAUGAGCAUCCAUACUCAAACAACACCUCUCAUCUGAAA